CUCGCGCUGCCACGUGAGGCGCGCGCACGUGGGCGAGCGCGUGGACAGUGCCGUGUACAGUGCGGUGUGAUUUUGACGGUGCGUGCAGUCGGCGUCCUCGAGAGAGAAGUGAGGUGAGAGAGAGAAUCUCCCUACUGUGGUCGGCUCAGCUGGCCACUGACAGAUUCCCCAGGCCAGCACCAUGCUGGGACUGCUGGGCAUGGCGAUGCUGCGAGCGGCACCUCGUCUCGGUGGCGGGGCUCGCGCCGCUCUAGGGGGCUCUCGCAGUCUCCCCCGACGAGGUCACACAGCUUCGUGCCUGGUGUACGCCGAGCACGGGGAACCGGCCAAAGUGGUGAAGAUGGAGGAGCAGCUGCUGCCCCCCGUUGGCGAGAGGGAGGUGCUGAUCCGCAUGCUCGCUGCUCCCAUUAACCCCGCCGACAUCAACAUGUUGCAGGGGAAGUACGGGAUCCAGCCCCCGUUGCCGGCCAUUGGCGGGAACGAGGGAGUGGGGCAGGUGGAGGAGGUCGGGUCAAAAGUCACGAAGGUGAAACCAGGCGACUGGGUCCUCCCAGUGGGCUCGGUGUUUGGCACGUGGAGGACGGCUGGCGUGUGUUCCGAGGAUGCCAUGGUGACGGUGCCACGUGACCUGCCGCUACUGUCCGCCGCCACCAUUCACGUGAACCCGGCGACAGCGUACCGCAUGCUGCACGACUUCACUCCGCUAAAACCAGGCGAUGUGGUGAUCCAGAAUGGGGCCAACAGCGCGGUGGGGCAGGCGGUGAUCCAGAUCGCGGCCUCCAUGGGCGUAACAACGGUUAACAUCGUCCGAGACAGGCCGGAGCUGGGGAAGUUGGUGGAGAAGCUGAAGGCGAUGGGCGCAGACUUCGUCCUCACUGAGGAGGAGCUCAGGAAGGUGGAGGCCAAGGAGCUGUGGAAGAAGCUCCCCAAGCCUCGACUUGCGUUCAACUGCGUCGGAGGGAAGAGCGCCACGGAGCUCCUUCGUAAUAUCGAGCGAUCUGGCACCAUGGUGACGUACGGAGGGAUGUCGAGGCAGCCCGUCAUCAUCCCCACGAGUGCGCUCAUCUUUAAUGAUGUCAAGGUGCUGGGAUUCUGGAUGACCCAGUGGAAAAGGCAGUAUGCUCAGGCAGACGGUGAGCGGCAGGCACGCAUGCUGUCGGAGCUCUGCAGCCUGGCACGCGUGGGGAAGCUGACGGCCCCCAUGUGCAACGAGGUCCCUUUCCACGACUUUCAAGUUGCUCUCGAGGCCGCGGUGAAGCCCUUUCUGUCAGAGAAACAGAUUCUGGUCAUGUGACCCCUCCCCCAAACAUAUGCCGCCCCUUUCACACGCCAAGUUGCCAAGACGCGGCUGAAGGUUUUUCCCAGCCAGUUUCUAGGUCACAUUGAGGUCAUAGUGUCUCCAUGCUUGAUCAAGCAACAGUGCAGACCUGAACCAGUAAAACAUUUCACAUUUCCAUGGUAGAGCCAGUCUAUUCAUGAUAUUGUAGUGGACUAGGGUACUCUAUAUGCAAAUUAGUCCAGGGCGAAAAUGGGAAAUGAACUUGAGCCCUGCCAAACUGUUUCGAGUUGUACGUCGUUGACGUGGCUCGGUGACUUGAUGAAGUACAUGUCAGAGAGCUGAGCUGACACUGCAGAGACGCUGAGUUGAAAUCCAAGAUGAAGCCAUCCACGUAUCAACCAGAUUCUCAGGAGUAGCCAGUUGAUGAUCUCCACGCAGUCACCAGUACAUUUACAAACAGCACUUUUGUCAGUCCACUUUACCACACCGAUUUGGUUUCCAAUUCGUAGUAAUCUUGAUUCUUAGUUUAAACAUUUGGGUUUGACUGCCAUGCGGCGAUAAUUUGUAUAGCACGGCACGUGGAAAAGUGCAAUAUCCCUUGGUGUGUGGAUGAGGGUAACGUGAAUGAAUUUCAACAGUAGUUCUGUAAUAUCUACGUCCACGGGCCGUUCUCUGAAUGAACCCUUUUCAUAACGAUGCCGAUUGCACACGCAAUUUUAUAUUUUGCCAUGCAACACUCCACAUGGCAACCACUGAGUGUGGGUAAGCCCCUAUAGACCUGAGAACAUAAAUGUUAGUGAUGUCUUCUUGUUUAGAAUCACAUUCCCUGACUUGAUGUGAAGCUACGCCCACUCAUUGUGAGAGUUGCAAAUGGUAAUAUAUUCGUUGUAUAGCAUUCCAGUUCAUUAAUGCCACGAUUAUAAUGCAGUUAAAAUGUAUUGAUGACACAAACAACGGAAAUUGUACACUGUCUUGAUGUGCCAUAAGUCACACUGGUGUAAAUUGUUUUUGAUACAAUAAAUAUAAGAUAUCCUCCCACAGUACAGUGGUUAGCACACUGGACUAUGUAUGAUGGGUGAUACAUAAUUUACAUAUAAAUAGCAAAAUUCACAAAUAUACUCUCGCGCACAUGAAUUGCUGAAUGUAUCAUCGUGAUCUUAAUCGGUUGUAAUCGAUGCGUCGUCACGUCCCCAACGGACGCUGCCGCAGUGGUGUAAUGUUAGCACGACGCUGGACUUGUAAAGUAGAGGUUGCCGGUUCGAUUCCAUAUCCCGACGCAGCUGUCGAAACAGUGGUGCGAGUGUCUUGAAUUCCCCCGCUUCUGGCCACCCAGCGAUAUAAAAUUUGGUGGAAUAAAGUGUGGGCUACUCCCGCAUCUUGCAAGACGUCCAGGCCAGCGUGUAGAAGGAGUAGGACUAAAAGGUCGUCUAGAGCAGGGCUUCUCAAACAGUUUUUAGCCUGCGGAUCCCACUCAGCCAAUGCAAACAUUUCCGUGGGCCACCCAGCCCCCCCACCCCUGGUGACAAAACACAUUCACUUCUCUCUCUAAAUACCACGAAUACAAAAUGAUUAAUAUUACGAACAUAUUUUUUUUUAAUGCAGCUGUACGGUUUUACUGUUUUUAGGUGGUGGUGCAUUUAGAUGAUGCUUAGGGUAGUUUAAAUCAGGGUAGUUUACCUAAACUUAAUUUUUUAUUAUUAAUUAUCACGAGUAAAAUAUCAACCGACGUCCAAAACAAAGCGUGUAAACAUCGUCAUUAUUUCCGGAUCAACCUGCAUUUGCACCACAGCCCCGCGGAUCAAUUGGAGGGCUGUCGCGGACCGUACUCUUGAGAACCGCUGGACUCGAGGGACUCUGCAUCGCUUCCUCUCGUGGAUGCCCUUCCGCCAGAAGUGGCGCAUGCAAGCAAAAUUGCGAGGCUGAAUUCUUUAUUGUAAACGUACACCGCGAAGCGAUCUGUACACCGCAUUUGCCUAUUUGUUGUGAUUGCACACGCCUCUGUUGACGUUCAAUAUGUGCGCGCGUAUGCACACGCGCACCGAGUCUCGUAGGAAAUGAGACCUGAUUUGUAUGUGGCCCGCGGCGUGUGUGCGCGCGCGUGUUUUUGGGGACCUGAUUUAUGCGCUCUGACUGCGCUCAUUCAGUGGCCGCGCAGCCGAGCGUACAGAUACAAGAAGCGCAGCCAACUCCUGCUGAAAUAAGCUGCGUAAACACCUUUUCAUUAUCUGUCACUCACACACGUACACAUACCGAGAGGUGCCUUGCUCUGAAAUUGAUGCAUUCUUGCCUCGGAUGAACAAUGAUGGAGAUUUUUUGUAAAUAAUAAAUGUGCAUUAUGCUCUUGAA